CUUAGUUUCUGCAUGAAAACAAAAUACCUGAAAAUUAUGGAGAUAUUCUCACUGAGGAGCAUAAAAGACGUCGUCUUUAUACCUUAAAUGUAAUCCUUACUCUAUUGACUCAUGGCUGACGAAGAAUUAAGCGCCGAAGACCUUCGGGAGAAGUUGUUUCAUACGUUCCGAAAUCGCGGUGUCCUUGAUUCUCUUAAGUCUCAGUUAAGGAAUCGUUUGGUGACUGAGCUGCAGCAAACAGCCAAGGUUAAUCUUUCUAAUGGCAAAAAAAAGCCCCCAGAAGAAUCAUCUUUGUUCUAUCAUGCAGCCAAUAGUCUAGUGGUUGAUCACUUAGAGAGAUGUAACUUUGAGUAUACACUGUCUAUUUUUCUUCCUGAGAGUGGAACCUCUAAAGACAAGCUGUUGACAGUUAGAGACCUUCUACAUUUACUCAAAAUUGACAAAGAUUCUCAAUUAUAUAAAUCACUGGAAUGUUCUUUGUCUAGCAAGAUCAAAUCCAAAAGCUUUCUUUGGGAAAUAAUGUCACAGCUUCUAUCCCAGCAUGGCCAAACGACACAGAGUAGUAUGGCAAUACAAACAGAGGAGUCUGCUUCUAUAAGAUCUCCAUCUAUUGCUGAAAAGCUACAGUUUAUUGAUCAAGCUUUCUCAGAACAAGCUGAAAAGGAAAAUGAAGCAUGGGGUUCACAAGCAGAACAGAAAAUAGCUGAAUUCCAGAGAAAAUAUGACGAGAGAAAGAAAGCUGAACUAGAGGCAGAGAUCAAGCAAUACAAGGCUUCAGCACUUGCAAGCAUGCGCCUUGAAGAGAAAGAAAGAUUUCAAAGAGAAAUAAAGAUAGCCAAAGAACAGAUGGAAAAAGAUUAUUCUUUGAAGGCUGAAAUGUUACGAUUAAAAGAAAAGGAACUUACUGAUCUACAGUACCGACAGCAAAAGAUUCAAGAGGAAGAAGCAUAUAGUCAGAGACAAAAUAUCCUUCAAGAAAUGCAGACAGCAAAAGAUCAGGAAAAUGAAUUCAAGAUGAGACAAGAACUUCACUUAAAGACUAUACAAUUAGAAGAAGAAAGGCUUAAGAAUGAAGCUGAGAAAAUUAAAACCAGGGAAUUMGCUCUAAAAGAUGAGGAAAAGAGGUGUCAUCAGAAAAUUGAGGAUGAAAUUCAAAGAUAUAAAUUGCAACACCAAGAAAGUUACCAAAAAAGACUCCAUGAUCUAGAAUUAAGAGAGGCCCAGAUAAAACAAGAUAAAGAAAGUUUUGAGAGAAGCAAAUCAACCUACAUGGGAUACUAUGAUGAAUUAGAGGGGAAAAAAGAGCAGCUGAGGCAGAUGCAGAAUCAGUUUGAGGCAGCCAAGUACAACAUUGCUACUCUCCAGCAACAAAAAGACACACUGCUACAGAAACUAGAUGAGGUAAGGGACUAUAGAACAGUAAAAGAUAAUGAACAAAUGUUACGAAAAGAGAAGGAUGAGCUACAGAAUCGUCUGGAAGAACAAAGCAACAAAGACAGAGUUAAUGAAGAAACCAUAAAAGAGUUGAAAGAAAAACUAUCAAAACCUUCUGCGGAACUGGUUUCGGUGCGUAACGAAUUAAAGGCGGUCAAAGACGAUACCAAGAAUAAGGAAAAACUACUUAAAGAUAAACAACGAAAACUUGAAGCUAGAUUACAACAGGAGAGUCAACGGUGUGCUGAAUACCAAAGACUCUAUGAAGAACACUUACUAAGACAAAAAGAGAUGGAACACGAGCUAGAUGACCUUAGAGCUGCCUUACACCACACCCAAACAUUCCUUAGGAUGGAACUGGAACGCAAACGGAUGAGCGAGGCGUCAGUGUCUGAUAUACACGAUUUAACUUUGCCCAGCCCUCCCGUCGAGCCAAUCCCAGCAAAGACUUCAAUUGCGUUUGCCCCGAGAACAAAUCAACAGGACUCUGAAACAAAUAGCUUCAUGAAUGACACAGCAAAUACGCAGGAGCUGAUCGCUAAUACUAAAGACAUUUUUGAUAAGCUGGAAAAGAAAGCAAAGGAUUUCGAAGAAUCAUAUCGGCGUUUUCAGUCACGUAUGAAGAACACAGGACUGGACCAGUUUACAAGCUUGCCUCCGGUGUCUUUGGACCGACACACCUUGCAGGGAUACCCAAAUCGCCAGGCAGAAAUCAUAGACCCACAUCCUUCAUUAGGGAAAGAUACGAAUAUUGAUAAAGCAGACGAGUUUGUUCCGCUAUCAUGGAUACCAGUCACCGAGAAGAACGCUGCUAAAAUGCCCGAGUCUCACGUUACUGGUGAGCAUUUGGGUGGUUCUCUCGAUCCUUUACAUUUCCCCUCCUCUCUUCUGCCCUCCACAAGACGAGGCAACAACACCGACAGCCUUACGAGAUUCUAUUCGCUGCCAUCUUUUGGUGUAUCAGAAGUCACGCAGAACUCUUCAGCCCCUAGAUAUUUCGGCUUAUCCAGGACAGACAGAAGACCCCCAAACAACACCGUAAAUGUUAGUGACUUAAUAGCCAAACCCGGAUCACCAUCGGUGAUAUCAGCUCCAAUAGACCACUCACCCAUAGACAACAACACGACAGACUCAGGCAAGGGCAAGAAGGCGAAGGAGAGACACGCUGACUCAUCUACUGAUACCAUGAGGCGUCCUCUUUCCAGUACAAUCGAUCGCGUCAGAGAAGGGACUGGAAUGGGGUCACGUGAGAACGACUUUUUGACGUCUGCGAGCAGUCAAAGAAAUAGCGACCACAAUUCACACGUUCCAGUCAUAGAUGGAAGUGUAUUCUACGGUAGAAAAAGUGAUAUUGAUAAAGACUUAAGCGAGCAGGACUCGCAUCGUAGCAGCGAUGCAUCUUUAAGUGGAGGAUAUCUCUCUAUGGGAACUCUUAGUAAACCAUCAAGAACGCGCGAUGAUACCAGGAAAACAGCUAAUACAGUCACAGAUUCAGCGAAGGAGAAAGAAAACGAUGAAGUAGAUGAUUAUAACGCUCCUGUACCUACUAGAAUAUCUCUAGAUGUUGYAUGGGGUGGUGCUCAAGUCAGUGGUACAGUUUUGAAGGAAAAGGACGAAGAAUCCUCUCUCAGUAUUCAUUCAAAUCCCUCUUUACCAAGUAUUGGAGAAAAAGUCUCCGUUCCUUUGGAUAGUGUUUGGAAAGACACUGAAGCGAGAAAAACCAGAGAAGAAAAAGAAAGAGAGGAGAGUGAACGUAAAGAACGUGAGUUACGUGAACAAGAGGACCGUGAAUGGCAAGAAGAAAAGCGCAAACUCGAAGAACAACGGCGCCAACGUGAACAAGAAGCUCGGGAGCGUGAACAACGUGAACUGGAGGAAUUACAACGUGAACAAGAACUGCGUGAACGUGAAAACAUGGAUCAUGGAAGGGGGCAAACAGACGCAAACACAGAGAAGGAAAUGAAAGAAAUGCAAGAACAAAAGGAGAAAGAAUCAUCUAAAGACCCGGAGAUUGAUCCUGUUAUGCUUCAAUAUAUGCAGAUGAUUCAAAAGAAAAAGGAAGAAGAAGAUAAGGCUAAAGCAGUUGAACCCUCUAAAAAGGAGAGUAGAGAAGCUGCUGACAUUGGAUCAAACUCUUCGUUGUCUCAAGGUGACGACAAUUUGGGAAGGUAAAUCAAUGCUAUUAUGUUGAAAAAUUUAUA